GACUAAAUAAGACUUAUCUAUUGUUUUCACUAACAUAUUCUUCCCAUGUUAUCUUUACUGGUCGAAUCCUGAUCUUUUCUUUUUCUUCAUAAAGAGCUCCUUUUUGUUUUCGUCCCCCCCCUCCCUCAUUGACAAAUUUUUUUUUGAUUAGUUUAAUAACGAUGCCGGAACGAAGCAGAACAACUAUAUCAGAUACCGAAACGACAUCAACAGAUACCGAAACACCUUCUUACCGUGUCAAACUAUAUUGGUUGGAUGCCGAUGGAAAAUGGGAAGAUAAAGGCACAGGCUUUUGUAUUUACUUGGAGGGUACGGGAAGCGAUCCUGACGAAAUCUUUGUACGAUCAGAAAUAGACUCUACACCAUUGUUAAAUUCAAGAGUGAUACCUCAAAGAUCUUAUCAAAAACAACAAGAUACUUUGAUCGUUUGGACUGAAAAAGAUAAUGAAGAUCUUGCUCUUAGCUUUCAAGAAGCAGAUGGUUGUGACGAUAUAUGGCAACGUAUAUGCAAUAAACAAGGUAACGAACAGAAUACAGGAUUAUUGGACGAUUUAUUGGACGAUGAAAGUGGCGAUGGCGAUAAUACUUUACAAGAAAUCAAUGAAACCUUACCACAACCACAGUUAUCGAAUUUGAAUGAUAUUGCCAAAAUACUCACUAGUGUCACCUCACUUCACGAAAAAGAUGAAUUGGCUUCAUUUGUUUUGGCUGGUUCUUACAUCAACAAAUUUUUUCCCCAUUUUGAAUACUUUGAACGAACAAACAAUAUUGAAGGUCUCCAUACAUUAUAUACCAUAAUGAAUUCUAUAAUUAUGCUGAAUGAUAGUUCCGUGAUCGAAUAUCUAAUUGCUGAUGAUGCUAUCAUGUCUGUUGCUGGUAUACUCGAAUAUGAUACUCGUACUCCAAAUGUAAAAGCAAACCAUAGACAAGUCAUUCAGAAACAAUCUCAAAUGGAAUUGGUUGUACCGCUAGAUGAUCCGACUACAUUAUCGAAAAUGCGACAAACUUUUAGACUACAGUAUCUUAAGGAUGUUAUACUGGGAAGAUAUCUCGACGAGACUUUGACAUCUAUGCUACAAUCUCUUAUCUUAUUCAAUCAUGUUGACAUCAUUGGUCAUAUACAACAUAACACUAAAUUUCUUACUGACACUUUUGAUAUACUGAAUCAACCUGAUGCAACUGACAUCCAAAAGAAAAAAGUGGUUCAAUUUGUUUUACAACUUUGCAAUAUAUCAAGAUCAUUACAACCAGCUUCUAGAACAAUGUUUUACAGAACUCUGGCAAUGCAUGGCUAUUUUGAUAUUUUUGAAUAUGCUUUAUAUUCCCAAGACGAAGGAAUGCGAAUCGCUGGUGUAGGUGCAUUAAAUUCAAUUGUGGAUAUGGAUGUUUCAUUAGUGCGUACACGGAUUCUUGAAGAUACGGACGACAAGAAAAAGAAUUUAUUGGAAUGCAUUGUUGAUCGGUUUAUUACACCUUGUGAUUCUGGUCUCAAAUUUCAAUAUUUGGAAAUUCUUAAGAUGAUUCUCGAAUCCAAUCCUGCCUCUCCUCCUGGUAUUCUGAAUGCCAAGGUUCUACGGAAACAAGAUCCCGGUAUUGAUGAUAUUCUUGGUAUAUUUUAUGAAAAAUACGCAGAUAUUGUCUUACGGCCAUUACAAUCCAUUGAAAAUAAACCUAUGAAUUUGGAUGGUCCUAUUGAACCACUAGAACAUGAUUAUCAACAAUCCGCCGUCUAUUCACAUCUUAUCGAAUUCCUUUGUUUUACCAUUCAACAGCACAGCUUCCGUAGCAAGUACUUGAUGCUCUCCUCCGACUGUUUUCCCAAAAUGACUCAGUUAUAUAGAUCUCCACAAUCAUCCAUCAAACUGAGUGCAUUACGAUUUUUCCGAACCUGUGUUGGUCUUCUGGACGACUUUUACAAUCGACAUCUUAUUAAGCACAACAUCUUUGAAUCAACCAUACGUAUCUUACUGGACACUGAUGGCAAAAGUAACUUGUUAAAUUCAGCAUGUUUGGAGCUUCUCGAAUUUAUUCGAAAGGAAAAUCCAAAAUUAUUGGUCACUCAUUUGAUUGAGAAAUUCGGCUCUGUGCUGGACACAGUGGACUAUAUCUCAACCUGCGGUUUAUUACGAUCACAAUAUGAACAAAACCAAGAAAGAACAAAUCCAUCCACUUCUCUGGCACAAUCUGAAUCUCUUCCGAAUAGGGAUGAAUUGGAUGUCAACAACAAACGACAAUCGAUCUCACUGGAUCAAUAUGAAGAGGGCUAUUUCAAUGAAUCGGAUGACGAUGAAGAGGACGAAAGGAUAACAGAAAACUUGGACGACAACAAAGACAAUCACACAGCUUUAACAGAGCCAGCACCACCUAAGGGUACAAAACGCGAUCGAGAUGAUAACAAAGACGGCAAUGAUGAUGACAAGGAUGAUAUUGAUUAUCUUUCGUCCAAAUCACAAAAAACACAUGAUAAUGAUUCACCUAACCCAUCAAGGAAGAUCUCAUUUAUCAAUGGAAGCACAGACAAUGGAACCAGUAAUAACAUGGAAGACAUUUUUACCUACAACGAGGACGAUGAACAACCAACAAAGACUAAUACACAAAAUGAUGAGCAUGAUGACAACCAGAAUGGCAAUGGAGACAAGAAACGAUCGGGUGAUGUUAUUGAAGACCAACCACCUCAAGACAACAAUGGAGAUAAGAACAGUGAUGAUGAUGAUGACGACGAUGAUGGAUUGUCUUCACCGCCUUCUUUUAUUGGUCUUGGACGACGCCUUGGCAAGAAUGAUGACGAUGAUGAUGAUGAUGUAUUGGCCGUAAAAUCAUUGAAAUCUUACAAGAAACAACCUGAUCGACCCCCAACAACUAGAUCUGCCACCAAAGCCUUGCAAGCUGGAAGAAAGAUUGUCAUCAAACCACAAACAACAACAAAAAGAUAGUUGAAGAUUUCACUCUAGAACACCCCUCCUUCCUUAUUGAUUUUUUUUAUACAUACAUAUAUCAUUACUCCAUAUUAGUUUGUCUUUUUUUUUUUUAAUAAAGCAAUUUGUAUAUUUUGAUCGUCCUUU